UGUAAUGAAUGUGAGAGGCACAGUGACUGUACACUUUGGGAGGGAGUUGUCAGGGCAAAAAUCCAUUGGCAUGAAUGUAAAACUAUGCAAUGAACGGGGGCACAAUUGUUAUUUUCUAUUUCAGCUAGAGAGGGUUGCUUAAAAGGGGGGCAGUAUUUCCCAUUUUCGCUUCUACAGAGCACACAGUCUGUGUUGUUUUAGUGGCGAGUCAAGCAAGCGGGCGCGCGCUGUUGAUGGGGUACUUGAGCUGCAGAUUUGCUCAGCACGCUCACGGAACUUGUCUAUCUGCGCGACAACGUGUUUGGCUGAGUGGUGGCUAAUGGCUGCCAUAGAAAGUGAGAAAGACAACAACAAAUGAAUCCUUGAGAGAAGACGAAAACAGAGGAUGGUGAGCAGCCAGCCGAAGUAUGAGCUGAUCCAGGAGGUGGGGCGUGGCAGCUACGGUGUGGUGUACGAGGCGGUGGUGAAACGCACUGGAGCCCGGAUGGCCGUGAAGAAGAUCCGCUGUCACAGCCCAGAGAAUGUAGAGUUGGCCCUCAGGGAAUUCUGGGCCCUGAGCAGUAUCCAGAGCCAGCACCCCAAUGUCAUCCACCUUGAGGAGUGUGUCCUGCAGAGAGAUGACCUGGCUCAGAGGAUGAGCCAUGGGUCCAGCUCCCCACUAUACCUAGAGCUGGUGGAGACAUCUCUGAAGGGAGAGAUUACCUUUGACCCCUGCUGUGCCUACUACCUGUGGUUUGUCAUGGACUUCUGUGACGGAGGAGACAUGAAUGCUUACCUGUUGUCCCGUAAACCCAGCCGCAAGACCAACACCAGCUUCAUGCUGCAGUUAGGAAGUGCCCUGGCCUUCCUCCACCGAAACCAGAUCAUUCACCGGGACCUGAAGCCUGACAACAUCCUCAUCUCCCAGGGAAGGACCUUGGCUGGAACCCCCGAGCCUACCCUGAAGGUUGCCGACUUCGGCCUAUCCAAGGUCUGCUCCACGUCGGGUCUUAACCCUGAGGAACCAGCAUCUGUCAACAAGUGUUUCCUUUCCAUGGCGUGCGGCACAGACUUCUACAUGGCUCCAGAGGUGUGGGAGGGCCACUACACGGCUAAAGCAGACAUCUUUGCCCUGGGCAUCAUCAUCUGGGCCAUGGUGGAGCGCAUCACGUUCGUGGAUGUGGAGACUCAGAAAGAGCUCCUGGGAAGCUACGUGCAGCAGGGGGAGGAGAUUGUGCCCCUCGGGGAGGCGCUCCUGGAGAACCCAAAGAUGGAGCUGUUGAUCCCUGCCAGGAUGAAGAGCAUGAAUGCCGGCAUGAAACAGCUUAUCAGGGAGAUGCUGUCGUUCAACCCUCAGGAGAGGCCUGAUGCCUUUGAACUGGAGCUCCGACUGGUCAGGAUCGCCUGCAGAGAGCUCGACUGGGACACGUGAUAAUGGGGGUGGAUAGGAGGGGAGAGGACCAUGGGACUUGUAGUCACAAUGUCAAGAACAUGUAUCUAGGCCUAAUUCACCACUGUUUGCUCUUGUGACGGAGGCCACACAAAUAUUAUUAUUUUUCGCUCUCUCUCUCGCUCGCUCUCUCUCUCUGGGAACAAUUCAAAGUUUGCAAAGAUUUUGGCUUUGCAGUUGGAUAUUGGAUCGGAAGUACUGGUAAACCUAGCUCAACAGGUUGACAGCCAGUCUGUAAAAUGUUUUGUUUUGAAUGUUAACAUGGCAAGGCUGUCCAUAAGCACAUUCAGCUGUCUGUCUUGCAGAAGGAGAUGCGUUGCUAGCUACCCCACUGCUACUGGUUUAGGUUAACCUGUUAAAGUUGACUCUGUAGUUUGCCUACAAAUGCUACCCCAGACUCUGUGGUAAUAUUCAUACUAAAGUUAUGAUACAGGGAGACUAUCCUGUUAUGAUAUGGAUGCAAUUAUACACACAGGUCUACACCUCAGUGAUCGUAAACUGUGUACGGCUGGUUUUACCAGAAUUCUGUGACCACACCCUGCUCUUCCCUUUCAACAAACAUGCACACGCACACUUCCCACUGCUCAGGUAAAAAUGAAGAUAUACUGUUUGUUGGGAUUUGUAGACAAACAGCUGUUUUUGAAGAGAGAGCAACAUGACAUCAGAGGCCUGUGUAUUCUGAGCUGGCCCUGAGCCAACUAUGGGAAUUAGGCUUGUGGGAGCUGACAGUCUUGGUAUGCCAGUGCAGACCUAACCUAGCAAUUCCCAGCCCAGUGCAGACCUAACCGAGAAAUUCCCAGCCCAGUGCAGACCUAACCUAGCAAUUCCCAGCCCAGUGCAGACCUAACCUAGCAAUUCCCAGCCCAGUGCAGACCUAACCUAGCAAUUCCCAGCCCAGUGCAGACCUAACCUAGCAAUUCCCAGCCCAGUGCAGACC